AAAUGAACUUCAAAGUUCAAGUAAAUGGUGGUAUAAUAAAAUUGUUGUUAAAAUGUUGUUUUAAUUAUUGUUUUUCGAGUAUUAGUAUUGUUAUCAUUCUUUUCACAUUUAUAUGUAGCCAUGGCUGAAUCAUUAGCAGGACAAAGAGCAAAAAGGCAAAAAAUUGAUAAACAUGGACGUAUGUCGGCAUUUGAAAAAUUAAAACAAUUAAAAGGAAAAGGAAAUAAGCACAAAUAUGACGUCGAUGAAGUUGAAAAUGUUUAUGAAACUGUUGAUGAGAGAGAAUACAGUGAACGGGUGUUGAAACGACAAGAAGACGACUGGAUUGAAGAUGAUGGCACGGGCUAUGUUGAAGAUGGGCGUGAAAUAUUUGAUGAUGAAGAAGUCGACGAUACAUAUGUCGCUACAGAUGGUAAAGACAGUGGCAGAGGUGUUAAAAGAAAGGCUAGAGUGUCAGCUCAACCUACUGGGAAAGGCAAUAUCAGAAACUUGCUUGGAGCUAUGCCAAGUAAGAAAAAAGAGGACAUAAAAAUAUCAGAGGAUAAUAUACUUUCAGAUAUUAUGUCAGAUUUGGAUGGGGGUGGUACAAUAGUUGUUAAACCUAAGCCAUUACCUAAAAACACUACAAGUGUUGUCUCCAGCAAAAAAGAAGCGCAAAAUUAUUUCAAAACUCUUUCAUCAUCUAUUACAAAGCCCAUUGUAUUGGAUGAACCUGUUGUCACUGAAAAGGGGGAGUCAUCUAAUGAAAAAGUGAAAACCAAUGGGCAUGAGGAAAUAAAGAAAAGCACUUGGAAAAUAGAAAUGGAUAUAAAAAAAGAAUUAGAAGAUUCACAAACACAAAACAUAGAAGAAUUCAACACUCAAGACAUAGACUUCAAUGAUGAUUUUAAUAAUGUACAAACUCCACAAGUAAAUAAUGUUAAAGAAGAAAUACCAGUAAAUAAUGUUAAAGACGAAAUACCAAGCACUUCAAACACAAUCUCAGAUGUCGCAGAUGAGUUUCUUAAUGAUGAAUUUGAAAUAUUUGCAAAGAUAAAAUCACCAAAGAAGCUACAAAAGUUGGAGACAUCAUGGAAUGAACAAAUGGAGAAUCAAGCUGUAAAUACUGUCCAAAGUGAUGGCCAACUGCCGCUGCAAGUAAAUAAAAAUGGGGAGAAAGUAUUAAAAUUUUAUUGGCUUGAUGCUUGGGAGGAUAGGUUUGUAAAGCCAGGAGUUGUGUAUUUAUUUGGCAAAGUGUAUGUAAAUCCUAGCAAUAAAUCAGCGGGCUGUGUGUCAUGUUGUUUAAGUGUAAAGAAUAUCAACAGACAGAUGUUCCUGCUACCUCGAGACUAUAAACUAGAUCCAAUAACCCUGGAGCCAACAGAUGAGGAGGUCACAAUAAUGGACAUCUAUCAGGAAUUCAACACAAAGGUGGCAAGUGAGCUUGGACUCAAAGAAUUCAAAUCCAGGAAAAUUACAAAGAACUAUUGCUUCAAUAUACCAAACAUACCAGCGCAGUGUGACUAUUUGGAAGUCAAAUAUUCAGCAUCUUUUCCACCGCCACCCACAAAUAAGAAAUAUCAAACAUUUUCGCACAUAUUCGGUGUAAACACAUCGUCCCUGGAAAUGUUUUUACUGGAGAGAAAGAUCAAAGGUCCAUGCUGGCUGGAGUUGCACAACGUGGAAAAUGUGCAGGCUCGGGUGUCUUGGUGCAAGCUGGAGGCCACUUGUGAUAAGAUUGAGGAUGUUCAUGUUAUAAGGGGUGAUGAGGAUUUGGAGCCCCCGCCGAUCGUUAUUGCUGCAAUUAACAUGAGGACAGUGACUGAUCAGAAGACGAAUAAAACAAAAAUACUGAUGCUAAGUUGUUUAUCACACACCCAGUUUUCAAUACAUAAGCCACCGCCAAGUCCGCCAUUCCAACAACAUUUCUGUGUUAUGACGAAAUGUAACGAAAUGUGGCCUCUGGACCUCAAACAACAGAUGCUGUCAUACAAAGCAACAAGACUCAAUAAAUGCGAUACAGAGCGCGAGUUACUCAACUAUUUCAUGGUGCGAUUCUGGAAGUUGGACCCUGACCUAGUCGUAGGUCACGACUUACAACAAGACCUAUUGACUGGGAAUAUUUUAGACUUAAAAAUACCGAACUGGUCCAGGCUGGGACGCUUGAAGAGGUCCGUUGCGCCGCAGAAGAAGUUCGCAGCCAAAGACGCGUUUUUAGGACGUCUUGUGUGCGAUAUUAAAAUAUCGGCAAUGGAACUUAUUAGGUCCAGAAGUUUCGAUUUGGACACUCUAUGUGUAAGCGUUCUGAAGAUGAAGGAAGGUGAGCGUAUCGAAGUAGCUUUAGAAGAUCUUCCUCGUUAUUAUGAAAACAGCAGUGACCUAUUGCAAUUAGUGACUCUAUCCAUGCAAGAUGCCUCUUAUAUACUCAAAAUAAUGUGUGAGUUAAGCGUCAUACCAUUAGCAUUGCAAAUAACUCAAAUAGCUGGUAAUAUUAUGUCACGAACAUUAUUGGGAGGUCGAUCAGAAAGGAAUGAAUUCCUACUUCUACACGCUUUUACGGAGAAAAAUUAUAUUGUUCCUGAUAAAAUGUAUGGUAAGAAAUCUGUGGUUGAUGAUGCCGAUAACGAUGAACAGGAUGAAAACAGUGCCAAUGUUAAAAAGCAGGGGAAGAAAAAGGCCGCUUAUUCGGGUGGUUUGGUGUUAGAUCCUAAAAAAGGUUUCUACGACAAGUUGAUUCUUUUAAUGGACUUCAAUUCUCUGUAUCCCAGUAUAAUUCAGGAGUUCAAUAUCUGUUUUACAACAAUCAAACGGAGAAUCACGACAAAUUCGGACGACGAUAUAAACAAUUUGGUUUUACCUCCACCCAAUAGCGAGUUUGGUGUAUUGCCAACGCAGAUAAGAAAACUCGUCGAAAGUCGUCGUGAUGUGAAGAAGUUAAUGAAAGUACCAGACUUAGCCUCAGAGCAGUACAUGCAGUAUAAUAUCCGACAGACGGCCUUGAAACUAACCGCCAAUUCUAUGUACGGCUGUCUAGGUUUCACGCAUUCUAGAUUCUAUGCAAAGCCUUUAGCCGCCUUAGUUACCAUGAAGGGAAGAGAGAUUCUUAUGGACACCAAAGAAAUUGUACAAAAACUGAACUAUGAAGUUGUCUAUGGUGAUACCGACAGUUUGAUGAUAAACACCAAUUGUUUGGAUUACGAUUAUGUUUUCAAAAUUGGUAACGAUUUGAAAAGAGAAAUAAAUAAAAAAUAUAAACAAAUAGAACUAGAUAUAGAUGGAGUAUUCAAAUAUUUGUUACUCUUAAAGAAGAAGAAAUAUGCAGCCGUUGUCAUAAGCAGAAGUAAGAACGGUGAAUUAGUGUACUCACAGGAACAUAAAGGGUUAGAUAUUGUCAGAAGAGAUUGGUCUCAACUUGCUGCAGAGGCCGGCAAGUUUAUACUCAGCCAAAUACUUUCAGAACAAACUCCUGAUGAACGUAUAGAAAGUAUUCAGGCGCAUCUAAACAAAUUGAAGGAUGAUUUGUUAAACAACAAAAUACCGUUAUCUUUGCUAACAAUAACUAAACAACUCACAAAGAAUCCUAAUGAAUAUGCCGAUAAACAUUCCCAACCGCAUGUACAGGUUGCUCUAAGACUUAACAGCAAGAACAGCAGACGAUUCAAGAAAGGAGACAUUGUUCCUUAUGUCAUUUGUGAGGAUGGUACAGCCAACUCGGCUACGCAGAGGGCUUAUCAUUUAGAGGAGCUUAAAAAUCUUGAACACCUCAAAAUUGAUUACAGAUAUUAUUUAGCUCAUCAGCUGCAUCCAGUGAUAUCGCGUAUAUGUGAGCCUAUCGAAGGAAUGGACCCAGCCAGGGUAGCAGACUGCCUCGGCUUAGAUCCGUCUGGCUACAGACAGAUUAAUAAGAAAGAAAGCAAUGACACGGAUACAUUCGAGGUUGAAAACGAACAAGAGAAGUACAGAUACUGCAAAGAUUUCACGUUUGUGUGUAUGAGUGAUAGCUGUAAGGUCGAGAAUCGUGUGCGGCAAACUUUUGUGAGUGAAAAAGACAGUGUGACGUUUUUGGACAAGUGUCAGAACGAGAAGUGUACAGUGAGGCCUGUGGAUUACUUGCCGUGUCUGCAGAACCAGCUGAGUCUCCAAAUUCGUCAGUACCACAGCGAGUACUACGCGGGGUGGUUGUCAUGUGAGGACCCUGCGUGUACCGGGCGCACGUCGCGGCUGCCGCAGACGUUCGCGGCGGGGUACCCAGUGUGCCGGCAAUGCGAGAAGGGCGUCAUGUUCAGUGAAUACACGGAAAGAGAUUUGUACUUGCAGAUCAAAUUUUUCAUGUUCAUCUUUGACCUCAGCAAGCAUAGUUCCAAAAUUAAACUAUCACCGCAAAUUAUAUCCUCCCUGCAGACACUGAAAGAGAUGGUUGAGGAUUGGUUGGCACAGUCUGCAUAUUCCGUUAUAAACCUCUCCAAAUUGUUUAGGUUUUUCAACUUAGAAGUCAAAGGUAAAUCGGAGCCAGUUGAAAUUGAUAUAUUGCCGGAGACUGAACAAAUUGAUGCCUUAAUGGAACAUGGUUCCUACUAGUUAAGAAAAAUAUAUUUGUGAAUAUUAUACAUAAAUCAUGUUAAGAAAUAAAUGUCUGAGUAAUUUUA